AUGCCGAAUGACGACGCAGAUGAUCGUCCGAGGGCAGGAGUUAGCACCGCGGCUAGCACUCCCAGCGCUACGUUUAGCAUCCAACCACCGGAGCCCUUUGAUUUUUCUAAACCACACGAAUGGACAAGAUGGGUCCGUCGCUUCGAGAGAUUCCGUCAGGCAAGUCACUACCAGCUCGUCUGCAGACAAAGCAAGACAGUGCAAAGUAUUGAGGAGGAAGAGGAGCAAGGUUUCUUCCUAGGCUCAGUUUCCAGUGAUGGCCAGGCGUGGACAGCCAUCAUACAAGUGAAAGAUGCAAAAAUCACUUUCAAACUGGAUACUGGAGCAGAUGUGACUGUAAUAGCUGACUCGGACUUAUCAAAGAUUUUUGCUAACGAACACAGACCAGUUCUCCAGCAGCCAGAAAAACCUUUGUUAGGCCCUGGAAAAACACCACUGGACAUUGCAGGUUUUACAAAGCUACAGCUCAACUACGGAGCAAAACAGACAACAGAGAAGGUCUAUGUUGUAAGAAACCUGAGCACUGCACUGCUAGGCCUGCCCGCCAUCACGGCUCUUGGCCUGCUGGUGCGAGUUGACGCGGUUUCAAUGGACACUCUGACGACUACUUACCCUAAACUUUGCAAUGGUCUAGGGAAAGUGCAGCGAGCCUAUCACAUUAAACUCAAACCGAACGCUGUGCCAUACUCGCUCAAAACUUCGCUUCCUCUGCCUCUAAUGGGAAGAGUAAAGGAGGAACUCCAACGAAUGGAAGAGCUUGGUGUCAUUACCCGAGUUGAGGAACCAACGGAUUGGUGUGCCGGCAUGGUUGUUGUUCCAAAGAAAAACAGCCCUAGGCUGAGACUUUGUGUAGACUUUACUGGACUAAAUGAGUAUGUGUGCAGGGAAAAAUAUGUGCUGCCAUCGGUUGAACAAAGUCUCGGAAUGCUUGCAGGAGCCAAAGUGUUUAGCAAACUGGAUGCCAACAUGGGCUUCUGGCAGAUUCCUCUGUCCGAUGAGUCUGCCAAACUCACCACCUUCAUCACACCCUUUGGGCGGUUCCAUUUUAACCGCCUACCGUUUGGGAUCAACUCAGCGCCCGAACACUUACAGCGCAUGAUGGUGGAGGUCAUCGAGGGUCUCGAAGGAGUGGUGUGUCACAUUGAUGAUGUGUUGGUGUGGGGAUGUAACCAUCAGGAGCAUGAUUCCCAUCUCCAUGCUACACUGCAAAGAUUGGAAAAAGCAGGCAUAACGCUGAAUGUUGAAAAAUGCGAGCUCUCCCAGAGCAAGGUUGCUUUCUUGGGUCACAUCAUAGCGGAUACAGGAAUCAGUCCUGACCCGAAGAAAAUGGAGGCAAUUACAGAAAUGACAGAGCCAACUAAUGUGUCAGAGUUGCGCAGUUUUCUGGGCAUGGUGAAUCAAGUGGGCAAGUUCAUCCCCCAUUUAGCUGAAAAAAACAAAGCCCUGCGAGAUCUUCUUUCCAAAAAGAACACAUGCUGUGGGAAGAAGGAUGGCGACCAGUGGCGUAUGCUUCGAGGUCCCUUUCUCCCACAGAACAACGAUACGCACAAGUGGAAAAAGAGGCACUGGCGUCUACAUGGGCAUUACGCCCCAGGGAAAUCAGAUACUUUGUCCCGCUCACCCCUGAAAAAACCAAUGAACAUGUCAGACAAAGAGCUGAUGGAAAGCACAGACAUAUAUGUGAACAGUAUUGUGGCAAACAUGGCUAGCUACACCACUGCAGUCCGGAUACAGCCCCGCAGAGCUUUUAAUGGGCAGACGUCUGCGAACCACACUGCCGAUACUUCCAUCACAGCUGGAGCCUACACUGCCGGACGACGCACUGCUCGCUCAAAAGGAAAGGGAGAAGAGGAUGAUGGACAUGGCAAACUUCAACAGGCGCCACCGUGCAAAACCUUUAUGCAGCCUGUCCCCAGGAGAGCAAUUUUGGGUGACUGA